AUGGGUGCCCGUGUCAGCUUCCUUGGAGGGGUGUGUCAAGACUUCUUCACCAGACAACCAACACGAAAAAUCAAGAUUGAUGUAUGGUUAACAAUUAACAGGAUUGCAAUUGUUAAGUAUGCUACCGGACUUGUGGGUUUGGUCGGCUCACUACAAGGGUUGAGCAAGAGAAGAGGAAAGCAGAAUCUGAACCAUGGGAAACCAUAUAUUGCUCCAGUUAAUAAAGGUAAACAGAGAAAUGUUAAUGGUAAGAGGCCAAGUGAGGGAGGUGCUCCUACUCCUCUUAAGUGUUAUAGGUGUGGUCUGUUGGGUCAUCGUGUUAGUGAAUGCAAGAGUAAUGUGAAGAAGUGUUACAAGUGUGAGAAGUCAAGACAUCUGGUUGUUGAUUGCAAAGAGAAUAUGGUGACUUGCUACAACUAUGGUGAACCAGGACAUAUCAACACUCAUUGCCCGAAGCCUAAGAAAGCUUCAAUUAGAGGAAAGGUGUUCGCUCUGACGGGGACUCAGACUUCCAGUGAUGAUAGGUUAAUCAGAGGUACAUGUUAUAUUAAUAAUAUACCUUUGAUUGUUAUUAUUGAUACUGGUGAUACUCAUUCUUUUAUUGUUAUUGACUGUGUGAAAAGGCUAGGCCUUGUUGUGUCUUAUAUGAGUGGAGAAGUGGUUAUCAAAACUCCUGCUAAAGGUUUAGAGACUACUACUUUAGUUUGUUUGAAUUGUCAUCUGUUAAUCUUUGAUAAAGAUUUUAGCAUUGAUCUUAUUUGCUUGCCAUUGGAGAAUCUUGAUGUUAUCUUGGGGAUGAAUUGGUUGGAGUUCAAUCAUGUUUAUAUCAAUUAUUAUAACAAGUCGGUGCGGUUUCUUACUCCUAGUGAGGAGGAAGAAGUUGGUUUCUUGUCUACUAGAGAGUUGAAGGAGCUUUUGGAAAAGGAGGCUCAGAUGUUUGUUUUAUUCAUGGUGUUACCUUCUAAGAGUCGGGCGGUGAUUGAUGAAUUGCAAGUAGUGUGGGAUUUUCUAAAGGUGUUCCCGUAUGACAUUUUAGAUGUACCGCUAGAGAGUGAUGUGGAGUUUUCUAUUGAUCUUGUCCCUGGUACCAAACCUAUUUUUAUGGCACCAUAUAGGAUGUUUGCAUCAGAGUUAGCAGAAUUGAAGAAACAAUUAAAAGAUCUGCUAGAGAAGAGAUUUGUGAAACCAAAUGUGUCACCUUGGGGAUCUCUAGUGUUGUUGUAA